UUGUUCGGACACAACCCUACAUAUUGCCUUGUUUACCUCCACUCGGCACACGCGCACUUCAUACACUCAUCGGCUUCACUCGAGAACGCUCGAUUUGCGAGACUCAUUUCAGUAAUCAUGAAACUUAUUACCUGCACCUGUCUCUUCGUAGCGCUGCUCUCGUUCAGCGACGCGUUCAUGGAGAAUUUCAUGUGGAACAUGCAGCGCAACAUGGCCGCCAUGAACGCGCAGAUGCAGCGCAAUAUGGAGAACAUGAACUGGCAGAUGCAGCACCAGCUGCAGCAGCAAGUAAGGCAGGCCACAGGUGACGCGGUAAGUUCCGCACAGGGAUAUUCGUCAGGCUCGCAACAGUCAACAUCGUGCGUCAACGGCCGGUGCAUCAUCUGCGUGGACGGCAAUUGCAAGGUCUGCGAGAAUGGCAACUGCGUCGUCUGCAACGGCAACAGCUGCUCCAGCGUCAUCAUUGGAUAAUACAUGUUCUACUAAAGUCCUUCGGCAUACGCGCGGAGCGACUCCAGUCUGCGGGACGCGCGAAGCGAACGCGCUCGGCGAAUCACGAACGUCGUGUGUCAGUCGUGACUUCUGAUUAAGCGGCCGAGUGAUAGUGAUCGAGAGCGCUCCUUUCCUGCGUCCCACAGAAACAGUCCCUAAUUUAUUGUUCAUUACGGCUAAACUUUAGAUUAUUUACAAAAAAAGACUAGACUAAGUCUGAAACAUAUUUUAUGUAAUUCUUUACAUCUGUUUUACAUCUUAUUUCCACCGGAUAUUUACUUAAAAUACUGUCGGCUUGCUUAGGUUUCCUUGUACGAAUGCCCUUUUUAUUAUAUUCAAGUGACAACCUUUCUUUCUCCUUUGUACGAAGCACUGAGUUGCUCAAGUUGCAAAACACUCGUUGACAGUUCAUGCAUUACAAUAACAGGCUCACUCGUUUAUGUCAUUUUUACAUUCUUAUUAAAUGGUU